CUGAACUAAAGUUUACAACACUCUACACGUAUUUGUAGUUAGAUGGGUGUAUAAACUAGUCAGUGAUAUUCGAGUUCCUCACUUGUUUCCAUUCAACCGGUCUGUUUCUCCGUGGGAUGGAGUUCUUUGGAGUAUAUACAGUAUCACUCCCUUUUAUGGCACCAUCUCGAUGGUGAAAUACUUCUUUGUCUUUUGCCAGUAUGCCUCAUGUUUCAUUUAUGUUUCAGACUAUGCUAGAGGUAUGGUGUAGUUAAUGCUUCUUGGUGCCUUGUGGUCCGUUUGUACGGAAAGACUUUUUCACCUUUAUUGCAAUUUGAAACAUGACUUGUUAUUUGUCCCACACGACUUAAACGCAGCAGGACUUUAUGUCGCCCCUGGUUGGUAUCCCACAAUUCAGCGCGUUGUCGCUUCGUCCUUUUCCGUUUUCGCUCGUGGAUCAGCUGAGUCCAUGGUUUGUGGCUGCAGUGAAUGAGUGAGUGAGUGCAGUGGCUCUUCAGCGGAGCAGCUCUCCGCUGCUGCUCCAAGAUCCGAUCACUUUACCCCCGACACGGGAAUUUUCAGCGGAUCCAAGGAUGUGACGACUUAACGGCUUAACGUUGUUUUUAUUUUUUGAAUGAGACGUAGACGGUUAAACACAUUUUUUUGUUUUGUAUUUGGACCAUCAUCCGUUCACACUUCUAGUGCAGAAUCCACAUGUACUGGGAUCUCCAUGGAGUGAGGAGUAGGAGAUUCCCUUGUCUUUUCAUCAGGAGAGGACAAUAUAAUAUGUCCAGACGAAAACAGACGAACCCAUUCAAAGUCCACUGGCCAUUCCACACCUCAGGCGUCACAAGAUUUCAACACGUCAUUAACAUGGACGGCAGGGAUGAAUUCACCGAAGACAAUGAGUGCUGCAGCAAUAACUCCCAGGACAACCAGGACCAGGAUAGCAUUUCAGACAGUGAUAGUGAGCUUGACCACCACGGUGAAGAUCUGUCCUCCAACACCUCUGCUGACGACCACAUGAGCACCAAGAGAACACAGUGCCGCCUUCAAGGAGCGGGAGUUAAAGAGGAAAGCGAGGACGGGGGAGACCACCUUAACAACUUUGUUUGUCCUCUUUGCACGCUGGAUUUCAGCAGCCCUGAGAAGCUCAUCUCCCAUGUCUACCAGCACACGUCCGUGAUGAGCAACACAAAGAGCUACGUGUGCCCAGUGUGUGGGCGAGCCAUGAGUUCGCCAGGCUCACUGGGAAGACAUCUUCUCAUCCACUCUGAGGACCGCCUCUCCAACUGUGCCGUCUGUGGCGCAUGCUUCACAGAUACCAACAACUUAAACAGGGAGAAGCUUAAGGAAAUAUUUGACACAUGCAGAAUGAAUGUUUCUGACGGAAGAGACACGCCUCCCAUGUCUCAGUCUCUGUCCAGCAGUCCCAUCGACAGUCCAGGCCUUGGCCCUCGCCCCUGUCAUGCACCAGGCCCCAGCCCCAGUUCCUGUCAAGGUCCGCACCCAUGUCAGGCCCGUGAUCAUAACGCCAAUUUAUGUCAAGCCAGUCCUACCUGCCAGGGACCAGGGCACAUCUCAAGUCAUUGUCCAGGCCCAAGGCCUUGUCACGGCGCGAGCCAAGGCCCUGGACCAUGCACAGGCUCUGAACAAGGAACCUCUUUUCCCUCAUUACCAGAUGGUUUGCUCUCUGAAGGGCCAUCUCUGGCAUCGAUCCCAGAUGCUCUUAACUCCUCUUCCUCAGGCCUUCCUCCUAUUCCUGACAUCUUGAGUUCCAUGCCUGUAUAUCCUGCAGGAGUGCUGCUGGUGUGCAACAGCUGCACGGCUUAUCAACAGCUAAUGGAGGCUCAGUCGCCAAUGAGAAAAUGGGCCAUGCGCAGGAAGAACGAACCCAUAGAAGCUCGAGUGCAGCGGUUAGAACGUGAGCGCACGGCAAAGAAAAACAAGAGGGCCUGUGAGACGGAUGAGGAAAGAGAACUGAGGAGGCUGCGUGACCGCGAGGCCAAGCGCAUGCAGAGGAUGCAGGAAACAGACGACCAGAGGGCCCGCAGGCUGCAGAGAGACAGGGAAGCCAUGCGUUUAAAGAGGGCCAAUGAGACGCCUGAGAAGAGGCAGGCUAGGCUGAUCCGCGAGAGAGAGGCAAAGAGGAUCAAGAGACGGUUGGAGAAGAUCGAUCCCGCGCUAAGAUCCCAGAUAGAAAAUGACCCUGCCGCUAUGGCCGCUCUCACGGCCGACAUGAGUCUCUUUCAGUAUCCCUGCACCAUGCCGGUCUCUUCCAUUGACAAUGGUCUUUUCAUGAAGCUGCCCUAACUGGGACAGACCACCAGGGGCGUUAGUGUCUGAUACAUGACUGAACCUCAUCACCACACUUGCACUCUACUACCAGACCCUUCUGGUCAAAGCAAACUAUACUUGGCUGGUUUACCACCACCAGCACCGUGGUGUGGAACAACUCACACUAACAGCAUCGUUGAAUACUGGAAAAAAAAAAAAAAAUACACAUUUCUUAUUUAUUAAUAUGUAGAAACCCUUGGGAACAGGGUUGAGGAUGUUUCAUAUUGUAUGGAUGAUGACGUCAAUGCAUGUUGUAAAGAGAUUUUAUCUUUUUUGUCAUUGAACUAGAGAAUUUGGCACAGAUCAUUCUAGUAGGAGCAGUUCUACUUCCUGUGAGGAAACGGAGAUCUUUUGCACAUGGACCUUCUGUACAGGGGGUGGAGACACUAGCCACCGUCCCCUCAUCUCUGGUCCACUCUGCCAGGCCAGUGACUCUGGGCUUACUAGUAGCCACACCUCUCUCUUCAAGCUGCUACCUUGAGUCCAUGGGAAGUUCAUAUUCAAGUCAAACUACUACCUCAGCCGAUGGCAUGGCCACCACCUCUGUCCUGUGGCGUACUGCGACUCAACUCCAGCUUCCAAAGCUUUCUUUGCUGUACACGUCUACAGAGAAUGACGCUUGGUUUUCAGUAACUCUUUGGUUGCAUUUAUCACAAUGGCACUUUUAAUAAGACACAAGCAUUCAUGGACGUAAAGUUGUCAAUUACUUUUUACUUUGAUGUCACACACAUAGACUGUGUUAAAGCACUGGACAACUGACCAAGAACUCACAGGUUGCCAUAUUUGCCUGGACUGUUGAGCUCCACUGCUAACAGCAAAACAACAUAGUAAUGCCAGUGUGUGUUUUUACAUACCAGCCAAGAGGGGCUUGAUGUCACCUUUGCUAGUAGCUCCCUCUGUUGGAUCAAACUGUUACCACUACAGACAGUCUGGGACUGGAACCAUUAAACUAUAAAUUUGACCUCUUAUUUUGAAUUGAUCAUCAAACCUAAAACGACAACUGGCAGAAAUGUAUUUUCUCCAAAUUUACACCUUUGAGCAGAAAAACUGGAUGUGUUGUCAGAAUGAAUGUGCCAAGUGUAGAGCAACAUUCCCGUCACACUUUCCUAAGUCACAAAUCUUUAUUCAGUCGUACAUUUGCCUCUUUACAUCCUGUUUGCCAUUGUAAAUAAUAUCUAUUUUCUUGAAGCUGUUACACUAUGAAUUAUUUACCAAUGCCAUUUUUUUUUUUUUUUUUGCUGUUGACUAAGUUUCUCAGAGCCAGAAAAUACUCUUUAAUUGCUGCUGUUGUACUGUACUGUAUCAAAUACCUCUCCUACAGUCUGGGCUCAUCAUGUUUAGGAUUUUGUGUUGAAAUGCUCCACUAUUCUUUAUGUUACUGAACAUGGAGUUUAUUCUGUUACUCGUACCGUGUCAGUGGUGAUGUUUUUGUUUUUCUUAUAAAAGGAUGCCAUCAUAGGGUCACACACACACACACACACAGACAAUGCAAUGUGUUCAUGCAACUUUUGUAGCGAUGUAAGGCUGAAUCGACCUCAGAAAUGAAAAGAAGUUGUUUUUGUUUUCACAAAUGUCUCCUCUGUGAGUUGAAACUCUUGGAUUCCAUGAUCGGACCUCAUGUUUUUAACAUUUGUUUUCCUGUAUUUGACAGAGCCAGAAGCUACUUUUAUAAAAUGUAGAGCCAUUACUGGAAGACACAUUUAUGCAAUAUGAUGUGAAUAUAUACAGUAUAUAUAUAUACUGUAUAUGUAUAUAUACUGUAUGUACACAUAUACAGUACAUAUACACAUAUAUGUAUACGUUUCGAAAGAUAUGUGCAGUUCUAUUGUAUCUGUUCGCGAUAUUUCUUUUUUUAUUUUAUUUUAAACAAAUUCCCCUCAUACAGUUGGUAGAAGCAUUGUUCUGCAGAACAUAUACAUGCAUCACUAACAUGUGAAAUAUAUUGAUCGAAGACAGGUAGUUCUCUCUUCAGUCCCUUCUUUUAAGAAACCAAUCUACCUGUGUUUGCAAAACUUCAACUAUAAUCCGUAUCAUUUUUAGUUAAUCCAUAGUGUUCUAGCAGUGCAUCAAUCCUCUAUGCAACAGAUGUUAUUUAUUCCAAAUGCAUUCACUUUUCACAAAAAUCUAUGCAGUGUCUGAGUUUACUGUAAAGAAAUUUCAGUAUUGAGAGAUUAGCUUCUCAGGCAAUUUUACUCAGUGAGGGGGCUCAGAGCUUAAACACAACAAACCCACUCCAAAAGAACUCGGUUUGUCUGUAAGAGGCAGCCUUGUCUUCUAUAACAUGCAUUCUCUUCAGCACGGAAAAGGGACAGGGUCUCACUGCCGUCAAACCCGUGACAUGUACUGUACAAAGGGUCGAUCAGAAAGCUGCAGGUGUCCUUCCUCUCAGACUGGCAGUUGGCUAAUCUCAGAAUUAUCAUGAGACAGAAAUAAUUUUUCUUUUCGAAAGAAGGAUCGUGUCGAGUGCUGCAUGUGGUGAAACCGCACUUGUCCUGAAAUGGUUGGAUCUGAGCUAGUUCUAUCAGUUUAUGCCUGCCUUUUACA